AUGUCCCCUCUGGAGACAUUUGACCUCCUCUGUACUAGCUUCAAGGACACCCUGCAGAGCAGAGGAGCGACCUACCGCCAAGCAGAGAUAAUGGUGACCUCGUGGAUACGGCCUACAGCACGACGUAGCAAAUACAGGCAGACACCACGAGCAUCUAAAAAGGCCGUCCGGCUACACCGAUACCAGCGGGCCCAGAGAAGGAAAAUGGCGGCAGGCCCCUCAGACGCACUCUCCCACACGCAAAUUAAUCCACCCGGGAAUACAAAGCAAAUGAUGCAAACUAGUAACUCACCUGUCCAACACCUCGGCACCCAACGCAGCAAGAACCGACGCAACACAAAGAACGAGGCAACACAAGCGAUUGGAACCGGCCCCCGAAGCUGCGCCAGCAAGCCAAGGGGUUACAUUGGAGAGACAGAGAGGGACAAAACCCGGGACUUACCAUCGCCUGGGAAACCAUGCACCCAGACAGGCCCAACGGCCACCACGCUACCCAGGAGACUAUACCAUGCAGGGGGAACUCACGACUCCGCAAAGCUCCGCAGCUGCGCCACAACAUCCAGCCCAUGGGGGCCUAUUGAGAGAGGGGUCUGGCAAGGAGACACCGCCGGAGACCUGCACAUAGGCCAUCAUGCCAGCAACUCCCUCCAUGCAUCGGGCGUAGGGUGA